AUGCUAGAAAAAAAUCAAAAAUCUAACAACCCUACUGCUGCUGAAAGUUCUAAUAUUACACAACCUCCUGUAAUCAUUAUGAAAGUUGAUCAAACAUCUGAAAUUACACCUUCGCCUCUUGAUAAAGAGAAAAAUAAAGAAACUGAUACAGUCAUUGAAAUCUCAACCAAUAACAUUACAUUUGUUAACGUUAUUAAUCUUUCAAGCUCUAAUAUCAGAUGA